AAAUCUUGAAAAAAAGAAGAAUAUCCAUUUUGAUUUCUCCUUUUAUGCUACUGAAGCUCGAACUCAUAUAAAAAAGUACUCCAGCUAUUAAUCAUUCAAUUAAUCAAGAUAGGGAAUACUAUUUUGAUCAUCAUUCAACACCGUCAUAUAAAGGUAUAGAUACGGUUUUGGUCGAAGCUAGCAUCGUAUGGCGCAUGCUGCUUUGGUGUCUUGUUCUUUAAACCUCUCCUUGGGCAGCAGGUCGUGCAGCAAGCCUUCGACCCAUCUUACACCCUCUGUGUCUGUGAGUUUACGGAUUUCUGGAUCACCGUUCCAAAGGAUUCCUCUCAAGGUCGAUAAAAGGUUGCAGAGAUGCCGGACUGUCUAUGCUAUGGCUGUUUCAAUGGGUCAAGAAACGAGGGUUCAGCCUGGAUCAGGGUCCGAUCACAGCUCUAACGAAGCUUCCUCGCCAAAGAAGGUCAUGGUGAUCGGUGGUGAUGGCUAUUGUGGUUGGGCUACUUCGUUGCAUCUCUCGAACAAGAACUACGAGGUUGCUGUUGUUGACAAUCUUGUCCGUAGGAGUUUCGACCACCAGCUAGGUCUUGAUUCCCUCACUCCCAUCGCGUCCAUCCACAACCGGAUCAGGCGUUGGAAGUCCCUCACGGGUAAAGAUAUCGGGCUCUACGUUGGAGACAUAUGCGACUUUGAGUUCUUGUCGGAGGCCUUCAAGUCGUUCGAGCCCGAUGCCGUCGUCCACUUCGGGGAACAGAGGUCCGCUCCGUACUCCAUGAUUGAUCGGUCGAGGGCCGUGUACACGCAACACAACAACGUGAUAGGCACCCUCAACGUUCUCUUCGCCAUAAAGGAAUUCGGGGAGGAUUGUCAUCUUGUGAAGCUCGGGACCAUGGGAGAGUAUGGAACCCCGAACAUAGACAUCGAGGAGGGAUUCAUCACGAUCACUCACAACGGGAGGACCGACACUUUGCCCUACCCGAAGCAGGCUAGCUCCUUCUACCAUCUCAGCAAGGUGCACGACUCCCACAACAUCGCAUUUACUUGCAAGGCUUGGGGGAUCAGAGCCACAGACCUGAACCAGGGCGUCGUCUACGGAGUGAAAACCAACGAAACGGCCAUGCACGAGGAACUGUACAAUAGGCUGGAUUAUGACGCAGUGUUUGGAACCGCGUUGAACCGGUUCUGCAUUCAGGCUGCAGUUGGUCAUCCGCUCACCGUCUAUGGCAAAGGAGGGCAGACCCGAGGAUAUCUCGACAUCCGGGACACGGUCCAAUGUGUCGAGCUCGCCAUAGCAAACCCAGCCCAAAGGGGUGAGUUCCGCGUCUUCAACCAGUUCACGGAGCAGUUCUCGGUGAACGAGCUCGCCGCCCUCGUCACGAGAGCCGGUAAGAAGCUCGGCCUCGACGUUCGUACGGUGUCCGUGCCCAACCCUAGAGUGGAGGCGGAGGAGCAUUACUACAACGCCAAGCACACGAAGCUCGCGGAAUUGGGACUCCAGCCCCAUCUCCUGUCGGACUCUCUCCUCGACUCGUUGCUUAAUUUCGCGGUCCAAUACAAGGAUCGCGUCGAUCCCAAGCAGAUAAUGCCGAGCGUCUCGUGGAGGAAAACCGGAGCUAAGCCGAAGACUGUCCCCGCUUAGUCGAAAUUUCUCUGUUUCCCUUGUAGGUGUAGGAACUGUUGUAUCUUUAACUGUAGACAUUAUCAUAUAUAUCAAAAGGCUAUUUAACAUUCAAUGUUAACACGAUUGAGGAAAUUAUCAACUUUAUUAUUUCAAGAAAUUGUAUGAAUAGAUUGUUUGAAACAUCAAA